GCGGCGGCGGCGACGGCCGCCUGGCCUCGCUCCUCGCCUCCGUCCCUCCCUCCUCGCUCGCCGGCCUUCACGCGUGUUAGUACGGGAGGAGGAGGGCGAAGUCAAGGGCAUGUUGCAGCAAGGAGGGUGUCGGUGAAGCCUCUCGCUCUCCUUUCCUCAUCCACCGCGCAGCAAUCGGGGCCCCUCGUUUCAUCCCCGUCUUCCUCCAUGAGGCGGCAAGAAGCCUGAUGCCCUCUUCAGCCCUCACCAUGGAUGGCGGGAAGAGCUUCCACCCGCCUUGCACACACCAGCAGCCGGUCAACAUGUUUUGCGGGGUGCCCACCCUGCCGGCCCAACUAAGCAUGCCCACCCUAGAGUUUCAGAAUUCUGCUUCCAGUUGGUGGACUCAAGCGCCCUAUUCAUCGGCUUCGUACUCGGCGCCAUCUUUCCUGAGUGACAACCAGCAAUAUUUUGAUUUCUACUCCGGCGGGCAGCCAUUCUCUGACGCCAACUAUGCAACUCCAGGCCUCGCCGAUUUCUUGAAGAACGGCGACUUUCCUCAGGAUUCUACGUUCCCCACCGAUCUCUCCAGCAACUCUCUCUUCUCCUCCCCGGCCGACUCCCUCUCGGACAUCGCCGACGCUCAGGAAUUCCUCCCCGCCGACAGCCUCAGCCGCGUGCCGACGAUAUGGGACAUCACCCCGCAGCAGAACCAAAUAGAGCGAUUGCCUCCAGAUUUGGAAGGCUUAGAAGGGCUACAGGGCAUGGACAGUCACCUCGCAGCUGCUCCUCAAGAUACCUCUCUUCUUUCCACCGUUCAGUCCCAAACUCAGGUAGAGGAGGAGGAAGAAGGGGACGACGACGAAGCGGAGGAGCUGGGCCACGCAGAGACGUAUGCCGACUACGUCCCUUCCAAAUCCAAGCUGGGGAAGCAGCACCCCGACCGAGUGGUGGAGACGAGCACCCUCUCCAGCGUCCCCCCUCCGGACGUCACCUACACCCUCUCCCUCCCCGGCUCAACCGCUGACAACGGAUUACUCUCUGCACUACAGCUGGAAGCGAUUACCUACGCCUGCCAGCAACACGAAGUCCUGCUCCCCAACGGACAGAGAGCCGGCUUCCUCAUCGGGGACGGUGCCGGCGUCGGGAAAGGCCGGACGGUCGCAGGGAUCAUCUUCGAAAACUACCUAAAGGGGAGGAAAAAGUCACUGUGGUUCAGCGCCUCGAACGAUCUCAAGUACGAUGCCGAGAGGGACCUGAAGGAUAUCGACGCACCUGACAUUCCUGUGCAUGCUUUAAACAAGAUUAAAUACGGCGACACAGCUACCUCGGAAGGAGUCUUAUUUGCCACUUACUCUGCCCUCAUCGGCGAAAGCCAAGCCGGUGGCCAGCACAGGACCCGCUUGAAGCAGAUUCUGGAUUGGUGCAAGGAAGAUUUUGAUGGUGUUAUUGUGUUUGAUGAAUGCCACAAAGCCAAAAAUGCCAGCUCUACCAAGAUGGGCAAAGCAGUAUUGGACCUGCAGAACAAGCUGCCUCUCGCUAGGGUGGUUUAUGCCAGUGCCACAGGUGCCUCCGAGCCAAAGAACAUGAUUUACAUGAGCCGGCUUGGUAUUUGGGGUGACGGGACCCCUUUCCGAUCAUUUGAAGACUUCCUAUCGGCCAUCGAGAAGCGGGGUGUCGGUGCAAUGGAGAUUGUCGCCAUGGACAUGAAAGUGAGCGGGAUGUACAUCGCUCGGCAGCUCAGCUUUUCGGGGGUCACCUUCAGGAUAGAGGAAAUCCCACUGGACCCAGAGUAUAAGCUUGUCUACAACAAGGCAGCUCAGCUGUGGGCAGAAGCCCUGGGGGUUUUCCAGAAAGCUGCCGACCUGAUUGGCUUAGAGUCCCGGAAAUCUUUGUGGGGUCAGUUCUGGUCUGCCCACCAGCGCUUCUUCAAGUACCUUUGCAUUGCUGCAAAGGUCCGGCGUCUCGUCGAGUUGGCAAAGGAGGAACUGAACAAGGGCAAGUGCGUCGUGAUCGGACUGCAGUCAACAGGCGAAGCCCGAACUCGGGAGGUCCUGGACGAGAGCGAGGGGCAGCUGACCUGCUUCGUAUCUGCUGCCGAAGGCGUCUUCCUCUCACUAAUUAAGAAGCACUUUCCUUCAACCAAACGAAAAAGAGAGAGAGGAACUGGCAUUAAGAGAAAACGGAAGCAGAAGGGCCGCGGGGCAAAGUUCCCCAAAAGUUGCGACCUCACCAGCAGCAGCGUCAUCAAGAUCAGCUCCGACAGCAGCUCCGAUUCCGAGGGAGGGAUGGAGAGCGAUUUCAACUCGUCCCCGGAGUCCCUGUUCGAAAACGACGACGUGAUCUUCAACGGCUACGCUUGCGACGAUCGGGGCAACGCCUCUUUGCAAAACUCCCAGAAGGAGCUGUACGGCACCGUCAUGCUGGAGAACGUCGAGAAGAUGAAACAGGACCUCCUGGCCAAAGCGGAGGCGCUGGGCAAAGAACUACCUCUCAACACCUUGGAUGAACUGAUCGAUCACUUUGGGGGCCCGGAGCACGUGGCAGAGAUGACCGGCCGCAAAGGGCGCCUGGUGCGGCGGCCGGACGGCUCCGUCGUCUUCGAGUCGCGAGCCGAGCAAUGCCUUUCCAUCGACCACGUGAACCUCAAGGAGAAGGAGCGUUUCAUGAACGGAGACAAACUCGUAGCAAUAAUAUCCGAAGCCUCCAGCUCAGGGAUUUCUCUCCAAGCGGACAGACGGGUAAAGAAUCAGAAGAGGCGCGUCCACAUGACGUUAGAGCUGCCUUGGAGCGCCGAUCGAGCCAUCCAGCAGUUUGGUCGGACGCACCGCUCCAACCAGGUGUCUGCUCCGGAGUAUAUCUUCCUCAUCUCCGAACUGGCCGGCGAGAGGCGAUUCGCUUCCAUCGUGGCCAAACGCCUGGAGAGCCUUGGUGCCUUAACUCACGGAGACAGGAGGGCGACCGAAUCCAGAGACCUCAGCAAAUACAACUUUGAGAAUAAGUACGGGUCCCGAGCCCUUGUCAAGGUCCUGCACACCAUCAACAACCAGACGGAGAACAAAGUCCCCGUGCCGAAGGGGUACCCGAGGGAAGACGCAGCUUUCUUCCACGAAAUGAAGCUGAGUCUCCUCUCGGUCGGGAUCGGCUGCAAAGAGAUGCGGUACGGCUACGUGGCGGUGGAAAAAGAUUGCUCCAUCAGCAAGUUCCUGAACCGCAUCCUGGGUUUGGAAGUCCACAAGCAGAACCUCCUUUUCCAGUACUUCAGCGACACUUUCGACUACCUGAUCGAGAGGGACAAGAAGGACGGCAAAUAUGACAUGGGAAUUCUGGACCUGGCCCCCGGCAUCGAUGAGAUCUACGAAGAGAGUAAGGAGGUUUUCCUGACCCCAGGGCACCCGCAGGACGGGCAGGUGGUCUUCUACAAGAUAAGCGUUGACAGAGGCCUGAAGUGGGAAGAGGCCUAUGAGAAAUCCCUGCAACUCACGGGUCCUCAGGACAGCUUCUACCUGUCUUAUAAGAUCAGAGGCCAGCAAUACACCUGCGUCCUGGCUGAGCAGAGCAGAGGAAGAUACUUCACCCUCUACAAGCCGAACAUCGGCAAGAACAGCCAGCUGGAGGUCUUGGAGAGCCUCCUCAAGAAGUACCGACGGGUGUUGCCGGAAGAAGCCAAAGAGCACUGGGAAAGCAGCUACGCCUUUUCACUGGAGCACUGCAACCACGCUGUGUGGAACCGGAACUGCAAGGUGGUUCAGGAAGGGAAAGAAUGCUUUCAGGGGACACGCCUGCGUCAUUACCAUAUGCUGUGCGGGGCGCUUCUGAGAGUCUGGAGCAGGAUCGCCAGCAUCAUGGCUGACAUCACGAACACCAGCUACCUGCAGAUAGUCCGUCUCAAGACCAAAGAAAAGAAGAAGCAAGUCGGUAUCAAGAUCCCAGAAAACUGCGUCCAGCAGGUGCUGAAGGAACUCAAGCAGAUGGACACCAGCGUUAAGCAGAAGCAGAACCAGGCCUUGCUGGCGGCGGCCCCCACAGGGCCCAACCUGCCCUACACGCUGCUCCCCCUCGACCGCCCGCCCACACCGGGCGCCAGCUUCCUGCCCCAGGACGAAGUCUUGGACCUGACCUACAGCCCCGCCAGCGACGGGAUCCCGGACUUCUGGACCGAGGUUGCUGCGCCGCCACCUCCGCCUGCACCGCAGCCCCCCGGCCCUCCUUUUCAUUUCAACUUCCCCCUGCCCUUUGACGGGGCGUCCCUGGCGGCGGGGGGCCUGCCCCUCGGUGGCUCCCCUUCCCAGCACGAACCUUUGCCGGCCCCCCAGGCCCACGCCUCCGCUGCCGCCGUCCCCCCUCCGCCGGACAGCUUCCCCCUGCCCGACCCGGACAUCAACUACAAGGAGCUCCUGGAAGAGAUGCUGAGCUCGCUCAACGUGGGGCCUGAGGACGGCACCCAAGGGAGGCAGAGCGUCAUUCAGUACCACCCAGGGCAGCCCUUCCCCACCUUCUACGAGGACGACGGCAGCUGAGCGGCCGGCAAGGAGCAUCGGGUGUGGCAUGGCGUGGCAAGG